AUGCGUAUCAUAUCAGGUACAGUCAGGUCCACUCAGACAAUAUGGUUACCCACCCUUUCGAAUAUAGCCCCCCCAGACUUAAGGAGACUAUCACACACCACAAAGAUAUUACAUAAGCUAAAAAGCCUGCUACCAGUUUUGCCACUACAAAUUGACAUCCUCGAACAUCCGCCAUUACGCCUUAAGUCUAGAGCUCCCAUAUGGCAUGCAGAAACUCAAAGCGAAUCAGUUGAGUACCUAUGGACGAGACGCUGGGAACAGUCAGAACCCCGUAAUAAAGACCUGAUCAAAGAACCAUUUAAAAAAGUCCCUGGCUGGGAUGGCACAAGGGCUACACGGACAACGCUUAAUCGAAUAAGAACGGAACAAGGAAGAUGCAACUACCUACUUCACAAAUGGGGAAUGGUAGACUCUCCACUUUGCGAAUGUGGAGAAACGCAGACAAUCAAACAUAUGGUUGAGUCGUGCCCCAUUACAAUGUUCAAAAAAGGAUUAACAAAACUACACGAGGGUGGACCAACAGCUAUAAAAUGGCUUGAAGAACUAAAUACUCGUCUGUGA